CCGGGGCAGGCAGAGGGAGGCCGGCGCGCAAGGUGGGAGGCUGCGUGCGCAUGCGGACCCGCACGGGGCCGGUGCGGCGACACGGCGGGAGGACCAGACAGUGCGCCUGUGCAGCCCGCGCAUCCCGAUGGAGCGCGCCGGUGGGAACGGCGGUGGCGGUGGGAACGGCGGUGGUGGAGGAGCCGGAGCCCCCUCGGAAGGGGCUGCCAAGGGCUCAUCGCUGCUGCCCCCCAAGUCCGCGGAAGCGGCCUCCGGGAGACCCUCCCAGUCCACCCCGCGGUCCGCAGGAAUGGAUGGAUUUUUAAAAUCAGAUGAGAGACAAAGAUUAGCCAAAGAGAGACGAGAAGAAAGAGAAAAAUGUCUGGCUGCUCGGGAACAACAGAUCUUAGAGAAACAGAAGAGAGCCAAGCUUCAGUAUGAGAAACAAAUUGAGGAGCGAUGGAGAAAACUUGAGGAGCAGCGCCAGCGGGAGGAUCAGAAGAGGGCAGCAGUGGAAGAGAAGAGGAAGCAGAAGCUCCGGGAAGAAGAGGAGCGCCUGGAAGCAAUGAUGCGCCGGUCCCUGGAGCGUACACAGCAGCUAGAGCUGAAGAAGAAGUGUUCAUGGGCAGGAUCACCAGGGCCUGGCGGACGUGAUGGUGAAUCAGAAAAUACCCCACCCCUUCCUCUAACUUUAGCAGCCAGCACCCCCCCUUCGGACACAGGGACCACUACAGCUGCUGCCGAGUCCACCAACGCAUGUGACAAACUUUCAACAUCAACCAUGAAUUUGCCAAAGCAGACGGAGUCUCCUAUGAGUAAACACCUGUCUUCAUCCACCGUGGCAAUAUCUUAUUCCCCAGACCGAGCUCUCGGGAGCCCUCUCAAAUCUUCAUACAAGUCCUCUCCAACCCGGACCACUGAGAAAAAGAAGAAUACACCUAUAUCUGCCAUGGGAGAUGCUGGGAAGGGAGCCAUGGCUGGAGGAGAACCUUCACAGAUGGAGAAAGUGAAGAAGGGACGAGUGGCAGCUUCUGCUUCUUCUGGGGGUCAUGGGUCCCCACUGAGAAGAUGCGAGCCUCCUGAAGAUAUUUCCAAGAGGUUGUCUUCUCCUGUAAAAUCCAAGAUAACUUCAAAAACACAUCCACAGUCGCCAAAGACAGCGAAGCCCACAUACUUAGGGUCUCCUGUGAAGUAUUACUUUCCACCCAUUCCAAGUGAAGAAACACCAAAGAAGAAGGCAGAGAAGGAAAAGAGUAAUAAGGAAAAGGAAGGUGCCACUGGUCAGCAGACCACUGUCCUACCUAGAGAAGAAACCCGAGAGAAGCACAUGGCUGACAAGUAUGCCACCGAGAAGUAUGUAGCGGAUAAGCAUGCAACUGAGAAACAUUCUGCCACUGGAGGGAAGGCUGAGCACAGUGCAGGAAAAGCCACAGCAGGCACCACUGAUGCAGGAGAGGCUGCAAAGAUACUAGCUGAAAAGAGACGUCAGGCUCGGCUACAGAAGGAACAAGAGGAGCAAGAACGACUGGAAAAGGAAGAACAAGAAAGGCUGGAAAAAGAGGAAUUGAAAAGAAAGGCAGAAGAGGAAAGGCUGCGCAUAGAAAUGGCCUAUAAACAAGAACAGGAAAAAAAGCGGCAGGAGGAAGAAGAGAAGAGAAAGGCAGAAGAGAAAGCAAAAGAGAAGGCUGAGGAGGAGCUCUUGUCAAAAGAGAAGCAAGAAAAGGAAAAACAAGAAAAAGAGAAGAAGGAAAAAGCCAUGAUUGAAAAACAGAAAGAAGCAGCAGAAGCAAAGGCACAGGAUGCUGCUAAACAGAUGCGUUUAGAAAGAGAACAGAUCAUGCUGCAGAUUGAGCAGGAACGACUGGAGAGGAAGAAGAGAAUAGAUGAAAUCAUGAAGAGAACAAGGAAGAGUGAUGCGUCUCUAGAAGUGAAGAAGGAAGACCCCAAAGUGGAGAUUCAGCCUCUUCCAGAUGUCGAAAAUAAAUCAAAACCAGUUGUCCCCAACAAAAUAGAAAUCAAUGUGUUGAACACCUGCCAGAAAGUAAGUGGCUCAGAGCGUGCUGCUCCAGAAACCUUUCCUCAAGACAUUUUCUCUACUGGUCUUAAACCAGUUGGGGGACCCGUUCAUCUGGAUGUCCUUGAUGGGAAAUCAAACAGUCUGGAUGAUUCAACUGAAGAAGUUCAGUCUAUGGAUGUGAGUCCUGUUUCCAAAGAAGAACUUAUCUCCAUCCCAGAGUUUUCACCAGUGAGUGAAAUGAUUCCUGGGAUGUCUCUGGACCAAAAUGGAACUGGUAAUGCCCGGGCACUUCAAGAUAUCUUAGAUUUCACUGGCCCUCCGGCAUUCCCCAAGAAAUCCAGUGAAAACCUCAGCCUUGAUGACUGUAACAAAAACCUCAUCGAAGGAUUUAACAGUCCCGGGCAAGAAACUACUCUGAACACCUUCUGUUGACAAAGACAGCAUUCCUUUGAUGAAAGGUGGUGUUUGGAUCACCCUUGAAGCUGUCGGCGUUGAAUCUGAGCUGCUGGCCACCUAAAGAAGCUUCUUUUGCCCUUAACUGCUGGAUUCCAAAUUACUCGAUUCCAAAUGUAACUGUAUGCCUAGGUAGUUUGGCAAACACUGGCCUCUCUUGGUAGAAACCUUGAGAUUUUUGCUUUGUGGGGCUUUAGCAAAGUUUCAUUUUAUGGUUCUACUUAUGAGCUUCAGUUGCUGCUAAAGCACUUCCUUGACCUUCUCUACUAUCGUAACCUGUGUGAUGCUGUCUGGGAACCCUACUUUAGGACACUCGAAUUCCCAGCGAUGGAGCACAGAGACAUUUAGAUGUCUCUUUCUAUAAAACUCUUCUAUUUACCCACACUCUAGUUAAACGUGUACUACUCAACCUGGCUGCUUCUCUCCCUGUCUUGUGUGUGUGUGUAUGGGGUGGGGGAAGUCUAGCUACUUUCUCCCCGUCUCAGGUUUCUGUUAUUUUAUUAUUAAGCUUCAUUAUCUGUAGAGCAUUAUUCUCCAUUACUGUUUAGGGGUUGAAGAAAUGUUUGGUUGAAUGAAUAAUUAAAUAGUGGCAAUUAUUUCUUUUCCCUUAUGGGAACUGAAUCUAGCAAGGACCCUUUCGUGUCACCCCUUUAAAAUCGCCAAAUUGUUGCUCCAAACCAUUGAAUGGCUUUUCAGCUAAAUGAAUCAAGUAGCAUACAGGUGGUUAUUUUCAUGGUUUUGCUGUUGUUUUUCUAUUAGAUCUUGGAAUUUUCUUUUGUUUGCUCCUGUAUUUGACUAACUGUAAUAAAGAGUCAGUGCUUUGAAAGGGGGCCCCAAGUUGGUUCCAGUAUGUCACUUUAAUAGACUUUAAACAUUUAAAAGUCUGAACAAGGAAAAUGACACUAGAAUGUAUAACUCCAUGUAUGCCAUAUGCUAUAUUUAAAUGUUUCAUUUCNUGUGGUGAAAUGUAGCUUUAUUAUUAAAAUGACCUUUUCUUUGGAACUUUUUGUUUUGACUUGUACCUUAAAGCUUUUGAAAAGAUCCUUAAUUCUGAGAUUUACAAAGAGAAGAUAUAAAGAAGUCUUAAAGCUGGUACAGUUUAAGAAUGUAUUAGUCUCAGAAACUAUGUAUGUUUAUGUGAUAUAAUCUAAAUAAAAUACAUACAUCUAAGAA